AUGGUAGGCUGUUUGAUGUACUUGCUUGCCACCAGACCUGAUCUUGCAUUUUCUGUGUGCUUAGUGGCAAGAUAUAUGGAAAGGCCUACUGAAAUUCAUAUGGCUGCUGUGAAAAGAAUACUUAGAUACUUGAAAGGAACAACUAACUAUGGUUUAUGGUAUGAAAGAGGCAAAGGAGAAGAGCUGGUUGGUUGGUCUGAUUCUGAUUAUGCUGGUGAUAUUGAUGACAGAAGAAGCACAUGUGGCUAUGUGUUUAUGAUAGGUACCAAGGCAGUUUCAUGGUCAUCUAAGAAGCAACCAAUUGUGACAUUGUCCACCACUGAAGCUGAAUUUAUUGCUGCAGCUAGUAGUACCUGUCAAGGAAUUUGGUUGUCCAGAAUUCUGACUCAAAUUGAUGCAAGGGAGAAAAGCUGCAUCACCAUAUACUGUGACAAUAGCUCAUCAAUAAAGCUAUCCAAGAACCCUGUGAUGCAUGGAAGAAGCAAGCACAUAGAUGUAAGGUUUCAUUUCUUAAGGGAUCUGACUAAGGAAGGUAAAAUUCAGCGGGUUCACUGCUCAUCCUUUGAGCAAAUUGCAGACAUAAUGACCAAGCCAUUGAGUUUCGAGAGCUUCAGCAGGAACAUAGACAAGCUGGGAUUGUGCACACUAGAAUUGAUAAAUUGA